AUGUUGCGUGCUUUCCCUUGGGUUUUGCUGAUGGAUUGCACAUACAAGACCAACAGAUACAGGUUUCCUUUGCUCCAGAUUGUUGGCAUUACAUCCACCGAGAGGACUUUCUCGGCUGCCUUUGCAUUCAUUGUUGGGGAGAAAGAGGAAAACUACACGUGGGUGUUGGAGAAAUUGAAGAGUAUAAUGGAUCCCGCUGCACUUCCCGGUGUUAUUAUGACAGACAGGGAGUUAGCUCUAUCGAAUGCCAUUACAAGAGUGUUCCCAACGGCCAGCCAUCUUCUUUGUCGAUGGCAUAUUGGGCAAAAUGUAUAUGCCAAAUGUAGAAAGAUGUUUGAUGAGACGACUUGGGCUCUGUUUAAGAAUGCUUGGGAUUCACUGGUGUACUCACCAAUUAUAUCUUUAUACGAGCAAACACUUUGUACAAUGAAGCGGGAGUUUGUGCUAUAUCCAGAUGCGCUUCUGUACGUUGAGACAAAUUGGUUGGGACCGUAUAGGCAGAAAUUUGUAUCAGCUUGGACGAACAAUGUAAUGCACUUUGGCAACCUGACUAGCAAUAGGGUUGAGUCUGAACAUGCGAAGCUGAAAUCCCGCAUUGCGAAUUGCCAAGCCAACUUCUCGGAGGCCUGGGCUAAAAUGCACGACUUGACUGCCAUGGGUUUGAUGUUGCCAGAGAUUAAGAAAAUUGAUGACAAGGUCGUGGAGGACAAGGUUGACUGUUGCUGUCCUAUUCGCCGAAUCCAUGGUUUACCUUGUGCUCACGAGAUUGCUCCAUUCAAGAAUCGGGGCGAAUCCAUACCUUUGUCGUUGAUUAAUGAUCAUUGGAAGAUGCUUUCGUUUGAGAAACAUAAAGAUGAUGGGGCAAUUUUGAAACUAAUGAAUGCCGAUUGGAAUAUCUUUAUGGCCAAAAUGGUUGGCCAAAACCCUAUGACCCAUAUGCAUUGGAUGAAGACUUUGAAACCCAUUUUGAAUCCAUCAACCAUAUCCUUGUCUUCACCCCAACAGAAGGUCCAGACCCGCGGUCGAAAGUCCGAUUCGGUCAAUAAGUCAAUGCGUAGGAACCCGUCCGAGUUUGAGUAUGUUGAGGCAUCCUUGGAAACUCCUAAGUCGGUGAAGGAAAAAACCUCCAAGGCUAAGGCAGCUGUGAAAAAAAUGCCCAAGGCGAAUGCCAAGGCGGGCAUGGAAACUCCUGACAAGACCACAAUAAAAAAAAAGCAUCAAGGCGGUGGAUGA